UCCUCCAUAUCCUCUCUCAACCCUAAAACAAGACAGAAAAAUAAAAGAAUAAGAAAGGAUAUAUAUUAUUGAUCCAUAAUGGACUCAACCGCCGUCCUCCACCGUGGCUUUUCUGCACCACCACGACCACCUCUCCCCACCACCACCCCUUCUUCGGUUCUACGACCUCAACUUGCAUUAUUCACUUUUCCUUCCAAUAAUGCACUGUCUUCGGUUCAUCUCUUGCUCAAGAAAUCCAACGACAACUAUAAUAGUAGAUAUGGAAGCUUAAACAAGAAUAAUAAUGUCAUUGAUAUACAAUGUACUAAUUUGAGCACAUCAGUACCUUCUGGAUCCAAUGAUGGUCGCAACUUUCCAGUUGCAAAUGCUAGAUUGGCCUUAAAAUCCCUCCUCUGCUUCUCUUAUUCUUCCAAGAAAGCCGAUCAUACAAAUUUUCUAAAUAACCAAAAGAGGAAGGCAUUACUUGCAUUGUUAGAUCAAAAUCCCAAAGAAGCAGAGAAGAUAAUAAAAAUUGUGGAAAGUAAAUACAGAAACAAUUCCAAUAAGCAAAUUCAAUACGAAGCUAAAAUGGCCAUCAUUCAAAUUCUCAUCCACAUGGGAACACCAGAGAGUUUGAGAUGGGCUGUUAAGAAAUAUUCGGAGAUAACAAACAUGGAGGAAAGACCAAGUGAUGCAACCAUUUUUCUUUAUAAUGCUGUUAUACGUACACUAAUAGGCGACAAUAAGAAUAUUGCAGACCAUUGGAAAGCUUAUGUAAACGUAAUAACUUCUGAUCCCACCUCUCAGAGUUAAAGGAUAAUAUUAAUUAAAUAUCCUUUUUAUAUGGGGGAAAUUAUUAUUAUUAUUACUAUUAUUACUAUUUGUGUGCUUUUAAUUAAAAUAUUUCCAUUCUCCUAAGAUCUUUCUAUUUCCCCCCAAAUUUAUCUAUAUGUAUUAAUUCAAAUUUAUCUCAAUAAAAAAAGUUUGCUUCAUAUUAUCCUAA